AUCAAUGUGAAUUGGGUUUCGUUUGUAUUUUUCUAGUAGAGAGUAACUAGUGAUAAAUUUCGUCACUGUUUCGUUCAAAUUUCGAAUAAUAAACAAAAGCGAAUAAAAUUGCAAAAAUGAGUAAUUCAACUAUUUCUGAUCAAUCGCUCAUGGACAAGUCUAUGCGGAGUGUUUUCGUCGGGAAUAUCCCGUACGAAGCCACAGAAGAGAAUUUAAAGGAUAUUUUUAGUGAAGUUGGACCAGUACUUUCGUUUAAAUUAGUAUUUGACCGGGAAACAGGUAAGCCAAAAGGAUAUGGCUUUUGUGAGUACAAAGAUCAAGAGACAGCUCUUAGUGCUAUGAGAAAUCUAAAUGGUUAUGAAAUUGGUGGAAGAACAUUAAGGGUUGAUAAUGCAUGUACAGAAAAGAGUCGAAUGGAAAUGCAAAGUCUCUUGCAAGGGCAGAACACUGAGAAUCCAUAUGGAGAGGCAGUACAGUCAGAUAAAGCUCCAGAAGCUAUAAGUAAAGCUGUUGCAUCUUUGCCACCUGAGCAAAUGUUCGAACUUAUGAAGCAAAUGAAACUCUGUGUACAAAACAAUCCAAAUGAGGCACGUCAAAUGUUGCUUCAGAAUCCUCAACUGGCAUAUGCCUUGUUACAAGCUCAGGUAGUAAUGAGAAUAGUGGAUCCUCAUACAGCAGUCAAUAUGUUACAUAAAGCAAAUCCAAUCCCAAGUGUAUUAACACCUUCGGAUAAACCAGCAGUGCAUCCAGUUGUACCCCGAAUAGAAGAACCAUGGGCUCCUACCCGUCCAGCAGCAGUUACUAAUCCUCCAGCACCAAUAUUUGCUGGUCAAGAUGUUGAUUUACGUACAUUGGAUAGACAAAUGGAUCCACGUUUAGCUAGAAUGGAUCAAGAUUUAAGAGGACCACAAGUACAAUCAACACCUGUUAGUGCAUCUCCAGCUGUAUCUGCUAAUACAGAUCCUAGAGCACUUAAUACAUUCAAUAUCUCGGACAACACACUUCCUGUUGAAGGAGUUGAGAGUUUUUGUCGUGAUCCAAGAACAGACAGAUUUGGUAGAGAUCCAAGAGAUCCUAGAGAUCAAAGAAUGCCUAUUGAUCCGAGGAUUACAAAAGCUAAUCCACCAGUGCCAGUUGCACCACCAGUGGUGCCAAGACCUGUUGCAGCACCUGCUCAAUCUUCAAAUGUCGCUACAGCUAGCGUAGCAACUUCUGUGACAGCAUUGACUACGUCAACGACAUCUGCGACGUCCAGGCUUAUGGCAGGCAUGUCUCCAGCAGGAAAUAUACCAAGCGGAGCAUCCGAUCAAGAGAAGGCGGCUUUAAUAAUGCAAGUAUUACAGUUAUCUGAUGAACAAAUUGCUAUGUUACCACCUGAACAGAGGCAAAGUAUUUUGUUACUUAAAGAACAGAUUGCUAAAAGUGCUCAACGUUAAUGUACUUUUAUAAUGAAUUAUCUUUUAUAAUAAUAGACAUUUAAAUUAAAAAAAAAAACUUAGUUGUCAGUUGUAAGUUUUAUGUUAUAACAAUAAAAAAGGAAAUUAUCACAAAAAUAAAUGCAAAAACAUAAACUUCCGCUCUGCAGUUAAGUAAUUUUAGCUUACUUAUUAAAUGUAAAUAUA